AAAAUGUCCAUUAUUGUAGACGAAGCGCCGGGCUACAUACAAGUAUUCUCCGAUGGGACCGUGAAACGUUUCUCGCCGGAGAUCGCCACCGCGUCCGCCGAAUCAACGGAUGGUUUCAAGUCAAAAGACGUUGUAAUCGACCCGUCGAAGCCUAUCACCGGGAGAAUCUACGUCCCCGAUCUUUGGCCGGAAACGGAACAGGUUGUUGAGCUACUUCCGGUGCUUCUGUAUUUUCACGGCGGCGGAUUUUGCGUGGGCUCCACCUCUUGGCUCGGCUACCAUCUGUUCCUCGGCGGCCUCUCUGUUCAAUCCAAAUCCGUGGUUGUUUCGGUAGAUUACCGGCUGGCGCCGGAAAAUAAGCUUCCCAUUGCUUAUGAAGAUUGCUAUGCAGCUCUAGAAUGGGUCCAGAAGAAUCAGAGAGCCGAGCCGUAUCUGGAAAGCGCAGACCUUUCCCGCGUUUUUCUCGCCGGAGAUAGCGCCGGUGGAAAUAUUGUACAGCAGGUUGCUAAAAAAUGUGUACGAGAUGGAAAUUGUGCAGUGAAGAUCAAAGGGAUUAUGCCAAUUCAUCCGUAUUUCGGCAGCGAGAGGAGGACGGCGGUAGAGGUGGCGGCGGAGGGAUCGAGUGGGAGCAGUGUGGCGAUGAACGACAUGUUCUGGAGGCUGAGCUUGCCGGAGGGCUGUAACCGGGACUUCUACGGCUGCAACUUGGAAAACGAUAGAGAGUUAUCGGCGGGCGAGUGGUUGCGCUUUCCGGCGGCAUUGGUGUUCGUCGCCGGAAAGGAUUUCUUGAAAGAGAGGGGGGUAAUGUACGCGGAGUUUCUGCGGCAAAAAGGGGUGAAGUGGGUGGAGGUGGUGGAGGCGGAGGAGGAAGGGCAUGUCUUCCAUGUUUUCCAUCCGGAUUCUCAGGCAACUCGUUUGCUUCAUAAGCAAAUGAGUGAGUUUAUACACGGUGUUUAA